UUUUCCACUGACAGUCAACCCCACCAUGACGCCCCAAUAAGCGAGCACAAGAACUGACCACUGAGUGACAGUAUAUAAGCUCUGUGAAAGGGGGCUCACGAUAACCACUUUCUUCUCUGCCUUGACAAAGAAGCCACCAGCAAUGAAGCUCCAUACUGCAGCUAUCCUGGUCAUCUUCUGGCUUGGUGUCUUCACCAUGCACACAGCAAAAGGAAGCAUUGGAAGUCAACCAAUGCGCAAAUUUUCUUGUGUGACUCUAUCUACACAGAAACUGGACAUCAGACAGCUUGUCAACUAUGAAAAGCAACAAGUUCCCUUAAAUGCUGUCAUGUUUAUCACAGCAAAAGGUAUCAAGAUCUGUGUACACCCUGAUCAGAAAUGGGUACAAGUUGCUAUGAAGAGAAUAGACCAAAAACGUACCGCCAAGAAAAAAUAAUCCUGUCCCAGGCAAGCAUCUAAGACCAACAGAAUGGAAUCAUCAUCAGUGCUACACAGACCAGGGAUGAAAGCCUUAAUAUCUGCUUGUAGUCCUUGUUGGCAAUAAAUUCUCUGAACAUGAACUCAUCAGAAUCUAUUUAUCACUGGCUGAAUAUCUGCUGACUUAAUUUUAUAGCUGGACUCUGUUACACUGUUUAUUUUCUGAAAUGCUUGUUAAUAUUUAUUUACAACUGAAUGUAGGUAUCUUCUCAUCCUUGCUGACCUGACCCAUAUAGUAUUUAAGGGCGAACGGCAGAUUGUUUCACAUGCUAUAGAAUAGCUUACCUCUCAGAGAGAUGGAUAAGUACAGACUUCUGUGAUGACGGAGGUCAAUGUUCUGCAUUGAGUGCUGGGUUUCAAGAGGUUCUGUAUAAUUGUAUGGUUACUCAUACCUAUAUAAACUGUAAGAAAGAUAAUCUUAUGCUUCAGGCUAUUGCCUGAUCAGUGCAGUAUUUAAGAAGGGGGUCUUCGGCCUUCUAUUUUUAUAUGUUGUAUUGCACUAUUAGCUUUGACUUUACUCUCAGGCCCAUGUGAGGUAUGGAUACGCUCACCAAGGGCUAACCUGGGGUAAUUCAGGGUAACUUUAAGAAAGCAACCCUAUUCAGACUUGUACUUUGGAAGACUUGUCCUACUCACUGACUUCUGUGAAGUUGCUUUCACCUUCAUUUGGGACAGAAUUGAAAAAAAAAAAAAAAAAAAGAUAUUUUGAAGAUACUGUAUUUUGUUUUUCCCCUUUGUUUUUCGUUGAAUAAGCAAGAACGAACCAUAGCUGAAGUCUUUACUCCACAAACUCAUACUUCGUUCCCUCAGGCAGGGAAUUCACAUAUGUAAAUGUCUCUUAUAUUCUCAAAUUUUAUCAGUUCUACUAAUAGUAAGUUUUGGAUUUUAAUAAAGCUACCAUGAGCCUGGAA